AUGACAACAGCUCUCGUUAAGCUCAAGGAUAAACGAGGUAAUUUGGUCGUGGCACGAGCACUUUUGGAUUCUUGUUCUACCGUAAAUUUGAUAACUGAAACCUUUGCAAAUUCUCUGGCCUUACCUAAUUCACCUUGCUCAGUAAACAUUGAAGCAGUCGAUGGCUUAUCCACGGCUGUUAACAAAUUCAUUCAAACCAGUGUUCAUUCAAAUUACAAUAAUUCAAAUUUUCCAGUUCGUUUUUUGAUUGUACCUAGAAUUGCUGAUGCUGUGCCUAACGACACUUUUCCUCGCAAACUCUUUGACAUUCCAAAAAAUCUAAAACUCGCUGAUCCUCAAUUUCAUUUACCAAAGUCCAUCGACAUUCUUUUAUCAUCCAGUACUACCUUGUCAGUAUUAGCUGUAGGUCAAAUUAAACUCCGACACAAGGAAUCAGAAAUCAUCUUGCAAAAAACUAGUCUGGGUUGGGUUGUAGCAGGAGGGGUCAGGGACCAACCAUCUCCAAACUCAGCUCGGUGCAACUUAACUAAAUUAGACAAACUCGUUGAGCGUUUCUGGCUUAUUGAAGACUUCGAUCACGAACCGAUUAAGUCACGAGACGAUGUUGCUUGCGAGCAACAUUUCCUCAAUCACACUCAGCGCGAUCCUUCCGGGCGUUAUAUUGUGCGUCUUCCCUUUAGAGAUUCCAAAUUCAAACUCGGUGAAUCCAAAUCGCAAGCGCUCAAGCGUUUUCAUUUUCUAGAAAGAAGGUUUGAAAGGGACCCGUCGUUAAAGGUAGAGUACUCAAAGGUGAUGAACGAGUAUCUCACUUUAGGUCACAUGAGUCUAAGCGAAGACUCCGAGGACAGCUAUUAUUUACCUCAUCAUGCGGUGAUCAAACAAUCCAGCGAAACCACCAAGGCCCCACCUUGCAAAACACCAUCUUUGAGCAAGUGCUUAGGUUCCGGACUCAUACGAAAACUGUCGACUUGUCAACUCAAUACCGUAACUUUUGGUACUGCUUCAGCUCCAUUCUUAGCAAUCCGGACCAUUCAACAGCUCGCUCGCGAUGAAGCCAAGGACUUCCCACGAGCUAGCAAAAUAUUACUCCGUGAUUUUUAUGUCGAUGAUCUCGUGUCAGGCGGAGAAACUCUUGAGGAGAUCUUGGCGAUUCGCGACGAGAUGAUAGCGUUGUUACGUAGAGGAGGUUUUGCCAUUCGAAAAUGGGCCUCUAAUCACUCGUCUGCUUUAGAUAGUAUCGACAAAACCAUCUUUGAUUUAGAUUGCGUGAUCAAGGAAGAUCCCAUCCAAAAAAUGUUAGGCAUCGUAUGGGAUUCCAAACAAGAUCUUCUUCAGUAUUCUACCAACGUCGUUGACGCUCAAGCCACCUCCACAAAGCGCUUACUUUUAUCUGAAACAUCUAAGAUUUAUGACCCUCUUGGCCUUUUAGGACCAGUCGUAUUGUAUGCCAAAGUCUUGAUCCAAGAUUGCUGGAAGGCAAAGAUUACCUGGGACGAGUCGCUUCCACAAGACAUCUCGUUCAAAUGGAAAUCGCUGACCAGCGAACUUGCACUAUUAAGACAAGUGUCGUUCCCUCGACAAUUCCUAGUUUCUAAUCCAAUUCAAGUUCAAGUUCUUGGAUUUUGUGAUGCCUGCUCUUACGGAUAUGGAGCCUGCAUGUUCCUUAGAUCCUCAGAUUCCACCAAUACGGUAGUGAUUAGGUUGAUUUGCAGCAAGUCGCGAGUCGCGCCUCUGAAAGGGGUAACCAUUCCUAGGUUAGAGUUGUGUUCCGCUUCUCUUCUUAAGAAACUUUAUGUAGAGGCUAAACCCCAAUUCAACUUCCCGAUCAAUCAAACUAUUUUUUGGUCCGAUUCCACCAUUGUUCUGGCCUGGUUAAGAAAGGCCCCGCACCUGCUAAGAGUUUUUGAGUCAAACAGAGUUGCCGACAUUCAAACGUUAGGAGACCAGGUCGAAUGGCGGCACGUGCGUUCGGAGGACAACCCGGCGGACGCUCUGUCUAGAGGUCAGUUGCCAUCCGAGUUUAUUAAUAAUUCACUCUGGACUUCGGGUCCCCCGUGGCUUGCUCUUCCACCGCGCGAUUGGCCGACAUCUGCUCAUCUCUCUCCCAAAGACUUACCAGGACUCAAACAAGGAACCUGUUUAGUAACCAAUCCAGUUCCAGUUUCUUCAUUCAGUGAAAUCUAUUCACGUUUUUCUUCCUAUGAUCGUUUCACCAGGAUAAUAGCAUAUGUCUCGCGAUGGAAACUCACGUGUAGAAACCCAAACCAACGCAUUCGGUUGUUUCCCGAAAUUACGGAUCCCUCGAACCGAAUUAGAAAGAUCAUAGCGUUGAUGCCUCCAUUACUAGUUCUUGAGGUUGCAGCUUCUGAAACUAAAAUUCUCAAGCUUCUUCAACAAGAAAGAUUUUCACUAGAACUUCGUCAGUUAUCAAAUUCAUCUGGAUCAUGUCGCAAGGGAACUAGCUUCGACAAGCUAACUCCGUUCAUAGAUGAUCAGGGUCUCAUUCGCGUGGGGGGGCGUUUGAAGGAGGCUGAUCUUCCAUAUGAUCAAAAACAUCCAAUUUUAUUGCCCCGAGACCACCACAUAACUAAUCUAUUAAUUCGUAAAGUUCAUCGUUCCAAUUUGCAUGCCGGAAUUCAAACUACACUUUACGCGAUUAGGUCCAAAUUUUUCAUCAUCAACGGAAAGAGACAAAUCCGAAAAAUCAUUCAUAGUUGCGUAGACUGUAUUCGUCAAAAACCACCAGCAGCUCAUGCUCAGAUGGGAAAUUUACCUAAGGCCAGAGUAGAGGGAUCUCCUGCCUUUGAUCACACCGGUGUUGAUUUCUUUGGGCCCAUGCUCAUUAAAGAAAAGAAAAAUCGAAAUAAGUCCUUCCUAAAGGUCUACGGUAGUGUUUUUAUCUGUUUAGCUUCAAAGGCCGUCCACAUCGAACUCGUAUCAGAUUUGUCUACUGAAGGUUUUUUGAUUGCUUUCCGUCGGUUCGUCUCACGCCGAGGCAUACCAAGUAAUGUAUAUUCCGAUAACGGCACCAAUUUCGUGGGUGCAGACAGACAGCUUCAGGAGCUUUACGACCUUUUCGAGAAACCUGAAUUUCGCGAAAGGGUGGGCGAACAUGCUAUCACGAAAAGAAUACAAUGGCAUUUCAACCCUCCCUUGUCGCCCCACUUUGGAGGUCUUUGGGAGGCAGCUGUAAAGAGUUUUAAACAUCAUCUUAAGCGGAUACUAGACAAACAACUUACGUUUGAACAACUAGAAACAUUCUUAAUCGAAAUUGAAGCGAUAUUGAAUUCGCGACCUUUGUGUGCUCUUUCAGCUGACCCCAAUGACCCACUAGCUAUUACACCUGCGCAUCUGUUAAUCGGACGCCCAUUCAAUGUCUUACCCGAGGAAUCUUUGAUUUCAGUUACAAGCAAUCGUCUGUCGACCACCAACUUCAUGAUCCAAGCCCGACAAAACUUCUGGAUGAAGUGGCAUAGAGAAUAUCUCCAUGAGAUCCAAUUACAACAAAAAUGGCAUACGUCAAACUCAGAAAUUAAACCUGGACUGGUUGUUCUCAUGAUGGAUGACCUAACACAUUGUGCAAGGUGGCCACUGGGCGUAAUCCUCGAGGUCUUUCCUGGGAGUGACGGCAUCGCUCGAGUAGCUUCUGUAAAAACUACAGCUGGAGUCUACAAGCGCAAUAUUACUCGAUUAUGUAUCUUACCGACCGAACGAUAG